UGAUUAUUUAAAAAUUAAAAAUUUUUAACUAUAUUAUUUUAUAAAAAAAAAACGUUGCAUUAUUAUUGUUAAAAAUAUAAUAAAUAAAUAAAAAAAAAAAACACAAAACAUUGUAAAUGUCAAAUUACUAUUAAUCGAAACAAAAAAAAAUAUAUAUUUUUCUGUCAAAUGAUGCAUAAAUGUAUUCGCUAUUAAUUUGCAAAUUAAAAAAGAAAAAAAGAAAACAAAUGUAAAAAUCAUUUAUAAAAUUUUUUUAAUUUUCUAAAAAGCACUGUAAUGCAUGAUAAAUAAUUCAAGUUGAUUACAUGCUGUUGCACUUGAAGGACAAAUUUUUGUUCAAUCGAUGGUUUAUCAAAAUAAAUCAUCUUAUAAUACCUGUUCAUUUUAAAAAAAAAGUUAUAUUUUUAUUAUUACAGUGGUAAAAGGAUGCGAUAAAAUAAAUUGAUCGAUCAUUUAUCGUCAUGGUAACUUUUGUAUUGAGCUGAAAAAUAAAGAAAAAAUAAUCAAGCAAGUCAUGAUGGUAUGAAACAACAGUUGUAUAGUCUCAUUUGAUCAAGAGAAGGAAGUACAUCCCAUUCUUGAAGAGAAGAUAAUAUACUAUUUAUUUUUUUUCAUUUACUCAACGGUUGAACGCAACGAUGACUACAUCCGGCGUUAAAAUAAUUAAAAAAAAAUGGGAAUUAUUUAGUGCAACUGAUUAUACAUCUUUGAUGUGGCCGAAUUUCGAAUUACUUCGUAUAUGGGGAUUAUUCCCAUACAAAAUUGAUAAUAAUAGUAAUUUAAUAUUAGCAUCAAAACCAGGAUUUAUUUAUUCAUCAAUUGUAUCAAGUUUACAUGUUGUAUUACUUGGAAUUAUUUUGUAUCUAAUUGACAUAUCAAAAGUACUUGAAUACGACAGUGUACCUGGUACAUUACAAGGCAAUUGUUACUUGCUUCUUGGCUGGUCAAUCGAAAUUGUAUCAUACUUACAAACAUCAAGAAGAUUAAAAUUUCUUCAACAAUUAGAUAACGUUGCGACAACUAUUCCUAGCAUUGAAUUUAAAAAGCUAUCAAAAUACAUACAUUUUAAAGAUUUAUUUGGUUUUUUAUUUUUAAUAAUACAAUCAGCAAAUGCAUACUCAAAAUCAUUAGCAUUAUUUGGCAGUAAAUUAUUUUCUGUUUAUACAAUAAUUGUUAUAUUUUUAAUGGACACAUUGUAUAUUAAUUGUGUACUUGUUAUUGGUUCAUCAUUUAAAACAAUUAAUAAUAAAUUAUUAAUAUUAAAAUCAACAAUUGAAAAUGAUGAACCACAUUUAUUACGUCGUAUUUAUCAUGAAAAAAAAAAUCCAUUUAUAUUAAUGAAAAUACGUGAUAUUAAAUAUCAACAUAAUGAUGUUUGUGAAGUUAUUAAUAAAUUAAAUCAAACAUUUAGUUUACAAUUAAUAGCAACAGUUACAUUAACAUUUGCUGAAAUAACAUUUUCAUUAUAUUUUUAUAUAUUACAAUUACUUGAUAUGAAAGGUAUUAAUUUAGAAAAACAAAUAUGGUUUUCAUAUUUUUCAACAGGUGUUACUUAUCAUGCUGUUAAAUUAGCAGCAAUUAUAUUAUCAUGUGAAAUUGCUAAAGAUCAAUCUGCUAAAACUGGUGUUAUUGUUCAUGAAUUGUUGAUUGAUACUGUUGACAAACAAGUCAAAGAUGAGCUUCAACUAUUUUCUCUUCAAAUACUUCAUCGUGACAACACUUUCACAGCCAGAGGACUUUCAAUUGACGCACCUCUCAUGACUUCGAUUGUCGGUGGUAUUACUCAGUAUCUUUUAAUUCUUGUUCAAUUUCUAAUAUCAUCGAAAUCAUGUGGAACAAUAUUUGAUCGCUCACCAGCCACUUGAUUGCUUACAAUUAUAAAUUUUUUUAAACUAAUUUUUAUAUUGUUUUAUAAUUAAAUUAUAAUUACUUUUAUGGUAUCUAAUUUUUUUAUUUUUAUUCAAGUUGUAUAAUUAGAUUAGCUAUUAUAAUGAUAUGAGCAAAUAAAUUAAACUAUAAUUGGAUAGGUUUUAAAUAAAAAAAUUUUUGCUAUUAGUAAAAAAUUAUAAUUUAAUUGACAAUUAACCGUAUAAAAUUUAUAACAAAUUAAAUAGUACAAUUAAUGCUUGUUGUUGUUAUAUUUAAGGAUAAAAUUAAAGCUAUAUUAUCAUAUUUUUUCUUCAACAAUGAAAAUGUUAACAAUUAAAAACGUUGAAUCUAUUUUAAAUAAUAAAAAAUACGGCAUUCCAAUCAAACAACCGUAAUAAUAAUAAUAAAAAAAGACAAUUUGCCUCAGUCAUACACUGUAAUAAAGAUUGUUUAUUUCAGUUGGUGAGUUAGUGAAUGUAUAUAUAUGUGUUGAUGAUUUUUAGUGUUGGUUUGUUGUUUGAGUUUACGAUCAUUCAGUCGAGUGCCGACAAC